AUGGGUUUAAAUGGAAGAAAAGUAAGAAAGUCAACAAUUAAAGUUUCUAAAUCAAAGAAAAUUGAACGUCAAUGCGAAUUGUCUAAUCGAACAUUAUCAAGUUUCGAGUUAACAAAAUUUGUACAGUUAGAAGAAAUGAAAAAAAAAAUAAAAAAUGAUCCUUCAAGGGCGUCAAACGGAACUGCUGGAAAAAAUUCAUUUGAAGAUUCACCGAUUGCACCAGAUUUAGCCAGACUUCCAUUGGAAGUCGAAGAUGGUUCGUUAUCCAAUAUUCAAGACAAAGCAAAAGCCCCGGAGGAAGAUUCUUCAAAAAAGAAGAAGACAAGAAGAUCGUCAAGAUUAGCUGGAAAAACAGCAUUAGCAUUUAUGAUGCUAAUAUUGCUUGCGUUUCCAAGUGCUAGCGCUGUUGACAUUAAGUCGGUCAAAGGUUCAUCAACAUUAGCCUUCCAAAAGAAACAAGUAUUAAUUCAAACUGGCGUUCAUCUAGUGAAAAUUGAUCUAGAUAUUGCGGAAGAUAUCAGGAAGUUGAAGCAAUAUCCAGCGAGUUUUGAAAAGGUCUGUUUUACGAUAGCGGAGCUCAACAAUAUCUGCGCACAACAGCUUGAGGAAAUACGGAGAACAAGCGAAUUUGCAGGUAAUAAAUUACAGCAAAUUCAACAACACGUAGAACAACGAUACACCAACUGGACAGACAAUAAUAACUUGGUGCUUAAAAGAUCCAAACGAGGGUCAAAAGGCACCUUAGUACGACUUUGGAAUUGGCUAGUGGGAACAGACGAAGCUUCGGAUGAAGAAGUCCGAAGCUCUAUGGGAGUUGUUCGUCACGCAAUAGCAGGGUUUGAAGCAGUAGAAAAGCAUUUAAAUCAGCGAGACGAAGACCAAAACAUCAAAUGA